AUGUCCAUGCUUCCGACAAUCACCAUUUCCAAACCGGCUCCGAUCAAGAAGGGUGCGGCGCUGCUGGUUGCUCCGGAGGGCGCCGAUAUCGCCGCGCUUGCCGGCGAUCUGGAUGGGGAAGGCGUGGUCGCCCGCGCCGCCGAGUUGGCGGAGUUCUCCGGCAAGGCCAAGACCGUGCUCGAUGUGCUGGCGCCGGCGGGCAGCCCCGCCAGCCGUAUCGUCAUCAUUGGACAGGGCAAGCUCGAGGACGCCUCCGAGCCGGGCUGGAUCGCGCUGGGCGGUGCCGCGCGCGGCGCGCUCGCCAAGGAGCCGCUCGUCACAAUGAUCGCCGGAGAGGACAUGGAUGCGGCGGUGGUCGCCAGCUUCGCGCAGGGCUAUCUCAUGCGGGCCUACACAUUCGACAAGUACAAGACGGCCAAGAACGGUCAGAACGGCAAGCCGAAGGCACAGAAGCUGACCAUCCAGAGCGCCGACGCCGCCGCCGCAAAGACAGCCUGGCGCGAUGCCGAAGCCGUCGCGCGCGGCGUGAUGCUGGCGCGCGAUCUGGUCAACGAGCCGGCCAACAUUCUCGGCACCGAGGAAUUUGCCGCCCGUGGCGAAGCGCUCGAAGCGCUUGGCGUCGAGACCGAUAUCCUCGAUGAAAAGAAGAUGAAGAAGCUCGGCAUGGGCGCGCUUCUGGGCGUGGCACAGGGGUCGGUCCGUCCGCCGCGCCUGCUGGUCAUGAAAUGGAACGGCGGCAAGGCGAAGGACAAGCCGAUCGCCUUCGUCGGCAAGGGUGUCGUCUUCGACUCCGGCGGCAUUUCCAUCAAGCCGGCUGGCGGCAUGGAGGACAUGAAGGGGGACAUGGGCGGCGCGGCGGCGGUCGUCGGCCUGAUGCACGCGCUUGCCGCACGCAAAGCUGCGGUCAAUGCGAUCGGCAUGAUCGGCCUUGUCGAAAACAUGCCCGACGGCAACGCCCAGCGCCCGGGCGACAUCGUAACCUCCAUGUCGGGCCAGACGAUCGAGGUCAUCAACACGGACGCGGAGGGCCGCCUGGUGCUGGCGGACGUGCUGACCUAUUGCAACCAGACCUUCGAACCGCGCGUGAUGAUCGAUCUGGCGACACUGACAGGCGCGGUGAUGGUCGCGCUUGGCCAGCACCAUGCCGGGCUCUUCUCGAAUGAUGACGCGGUUGCCGACGGCCUGACGCGGGCCGGCGCGCAAAGCGGCGAGAAGGUCUGGCGCCUGCCGCUGGGCCCCGACUAUGACAAGAUGAUCGACUCCAAGUUUGCCGACAUGAAGAAUGUCGGCGGCCGCAAUGCCGGCUCGAUCACGGCUGCGCAGUUCCUCAAGCGUUUUGUCGGCGACACGCCUUGGGCGCAUCUCGACGUCGCCGGCACCGCCAUGUCCUCGCCGUCGAACGACUUCAACCGCUCCUGGGGAUCGGGCUUCGGCGUGCGCCUGCUCGACCGCUGGGUGCGCGACACUUGCGAAGGCUGA